AUGAGAGUGUCUGCGCCAGCUGAGCUCUGCAGCUCCACUGCCGGAUCCGUCGCUGGCAACGGAGUCACACUGCCCGCCUUCCUACGCCUUCCGCGCGAGCUAAGAGAUUUCAUCUACGAACAAUACGUGCAAGUUGAUGGUGGCUACAUCCAUAGCUUCGAAACAAACAAACUUGUACAAGCUGAUGGUGGUCCUAUUUCGCUUUCGCUCGCUCUCACAUGUCGCCAGGUUGCGGGAGAGAUGCAAGGGCUUGCCCUCCGACUAAACGCUAUCACCUUCUCCACGCAUUUCUCAGAGUCUACACGACAGCAAGCCGGUCUAUUCAACGGAGCAAUUGUUAAUCUAGUAUACCGCAAGAAGGCGCUGCUACGAAAACUCAUACCUCGGCUUCUCUCUUACGAUAUGGUACAAAGGGCAACGGACGCAUUCCCGCAAUUCGCCCACAUCUUUCACGGUUGGACUCCGCACCAGGAUAUUGCCGCGCUGUACAAGCAGGACUUCGAUUGCGGAGAAGCUCCAUCAACAUGGGACGAUUUCAUCGGCUUUGUGUUCAAUUUACUGUCGAAGCACUCCACAUUUCACGAUGAAGCCGAAUUGACGCCUGGACACUGGAUCUCGGAUAUUCCCUGCAACAUCCCAGUUCUGGGCGAGACCUCUCCAGAACCUUGGCUCAUACCAAACCCCUCCGAACUUGACCGCCUCGCCAAGAUCCUGGACGUCGAACCCAGAGCACCGGCGUAUUUUGCUCGAUUGAGAUAUCGCUACUCGGCGGCGUCUGUAGCCCUAAAAUUUCUACAUGGGCUUCCGUCUUCGUGCCGCAAAGAAGUGCGGAACGUGAUACUUCACGAAGACUGCGAAUCAGGCUCGAAUGCGGCGUCCCACGGAAGAGGAUUCAUUCCUCUAUGUCAAACUAAUCGCCUUCUCCGCGUUCAGCGUAUCGUAAACGUAUGGAGCAGCGUGUUCCGAGUACGGCCUGAACUACGCGUCGACUACAUCAUGCGCAGUGCGUCUGCCGAGAACAGUGAUAUUGUGAAAGACGAUCGCCUGUUCUCAUCGACGAUCACCAAAGCAGUGGGGGCAUGGAUCGCCGAAGCUCAGGCAUUGUUGUCACUCGGCAUGCCCCAGGAAUCAUUCAGCAUGCUGCUUGACGGCAAUCCUACACCCGAACACACCUCUACCGUUUUCCAGAUUAUACAGCGGGACGUUGCCUGGCAAUCAGCUCUUGACGCUGCGUAUGACCGAGGACAUUUACCAACCCCCACUUGGUAUGAGCGGCGAUGUCGCGCUGGAUACAACUACGAGGGACUUCCAGCUGCGAUGCGCAACAUGUCAAUCGCCGGUGCAGGUGGGCCCAUCAGCUGCAAUUUUGAUGUUGGCGAACCGGACGACGUGGAAACUCUUCUCACGCUGCAUCAAGGUUGGACGCCCAAGCAAUGGGCAGAUCAUUGGGGUAUGCAUCAGCCGCAAAGCUUCCAGACUGAGCAUCCGCUGCCUCCGUGGCAUGAACUCAAAUGGCUGCGUGUAACGAUGUAG